AAGGUCUUGCAGUUGGUCUGAUUGAACGCAUAUGUUUUAAUAAUGGAAUGUUUGAUUUUUCUUCUGUACUGACCUCAUAAUUAUCCACGCCAAUGAUAACUGCUUAAGUUGUUAAGUCAAAACCAAAUGAGUAUUUGGACAAGAUAAAAUUGCAGUCUGGAAUCAACCUGAAAAACAAUGGGAUUUAUGUGACAGUGGUUCUUUACAAGUUGUUUAAAUCACUAAAGAUCUAGCAGUAUGAGUCACACCACCAUGCAGAGUGGCGUGUUGUCCGCAGAAGCUGAAGAACAAGCACGUAAGGCGCAUAACAGCCGACUGGAAAACAUGAAGCGACAGUUCAACAGAAGAAUCGGUCGGCGGACUUUACCGAACCCACAAAGAGCUGCGACAUUGGAUCGGCAGAAAGCGGAUAAUGUUUCCCCAUUGACGUCCCCUGAGGUUGAAAAGACGGCAGGAAAUACAUCUGCAUUCAACACAUCCAGUUUGAAGAGCAAAUCUCGUGCAAUGGAAUCAAGUAAAGUUCUAAGCCCUACCCAGUAUAAGGAUGGGUCAUAUGGAUUCUCUAGAUUCCAGAACACAACUGCCGGGAAAGCUACUGCUUCAACUAAACCACAUAACACUUCAGAAGUCCCAGCCAAUGAAGUGGAUAAGACGUCAUCUGUACCAUCUUCCCCCUCUAAAGCUACAGCGUCGUUAGACCGUAAGAAAGGUGUUCCUGUACGGCAGGGUCGAGCAAUUUCAAGAGCAAUGCAAAUGCAGAUGUCCUCCUCUGCUAGGAAAGUGUUGGACAAUGUCCUUACUCGGCAAAUGGAUCGUCCAAAUGCUGACCCACAGCCUAAUGAAGCUACAGCUAAAGCUGCAGCUUCUAAAUCUGCAAGGGAUAAAGCAGACCCCGCUACUAAAAUGCCCAGCAAGCCAGUAUUAACCCACCAUCCCCCACCCACUGCAAAUGUGCUUACCAACCCAGCAGCAACGAACAGUGCAAAUAUAAGGGAGAAGUUACGUCAGCAUUAUCGCCACAAUGCAUCUGGUGCACAAACGCGAACUUCUAAGAAGGAAAAUCAAAAUAACGCCGGCAAUUAUACUGAUUCUCAAUCCACAAAUAACAACAGUAACAUGCCAUACCACUCAACAACUGUGGCAACCAAUAAUGGUUCUAAUGUUGUCAACGAAAACAUAUUGAACAAGAUACGACAGAAAGGACCAGUGAUUGCCAAGAGAUUCCCAAUCAACAAUAACGGGGAGAUUGAAAGUGGAGUGGCUGCAAUUGGGAUUAAAAAAGAAACAGAUUCCUCUGUGCCACACAGUUUGCAUAAGGGUUCUAGUAGACCCGGCUCCCCUCGGACACCAAGACGUAGAAGUUCUCCUAUACCUGUUGGAAGAACCAGCCCAUUUUCGAAGCGCGUCCCAAGUCCCACAAGCAGGGGGCUUAUUAAGGGUCGUAACCCCUCACCUAAGGGUCGUAACCCCUCACCUAAGGGUCGUAACCCCUCACCCAAUCGAAGGCCCCCAUCCCCCAACACUGAUGGGGUAUCUCCUUAUAGUCCUGAGGCCACAGCUAAAAAGGUGAAUCGAGUACUCAAAGCUCGUCUCUACCUUCUGCAACAAAAUGGUCCGAACUCUUUCCGUAUCGGAGGGGAUUCCCCUGAACAUAAAUACCUGGUCAUUAUUGGUCCCCAGUCAUGCAACUGCGGUCGUGGUUUGUUCUGCAUCCACGUUCUUUUUGUUAUGUUGAGGGUUUUUCAACUUGAACCAACCAGUACGUUACUGUGGAGAAAAACUUUGAAAAAUUACGAGGUUGAGACAUUGUUUAAGAGCUACCACGAGCGUUGUAACUCUCGAAUCUCCCCCAAGAAGAAAUCUCGUGUUCAACGAUUAGUUUCACAUCUUGCUAGUGGAACGGAUAAACAUGCAGAUACUUCAAGUAAUAGCGAUGAUCAAUGUUCAUCAAAAGGUGAGGAAGAGAAUUGUCCGAUAUGUCUUCUACAGAUGGUGGAUGGUGAAUCUGUUACUGUGUGUGAGGUGGGGUGUAGGAACAAACUACAUACUCACUGUGUCAAUAUAUGGGCAGAGGAGUGUAGGAGAAAUGGUGGAUCUUUAAAAUGCCCGUUGUGUCGUAUUGUAUGGAAGCCAGCAGACACACCAGGAGGAACUGGUAUACGACCACUGAUGGUGGAAAUACCUCAUGAAUAUACAGAUCUUGCUGAUACAUGGACCCAGGCGUUUGGUUGGGAAAUGGUGUCCUGUUUAUUCUCCACCCACCCUAAUGUUAGGGAGAAUGCAUUACGUCGUUUAUCUCACGAUAUAACGGGUGCUCUGCUUACGAACAGCCAAAUGUCGGAUACCAAUGAUGACAGAACCUCUGAUGAUUCUGACAGUUCAAUGCGUGGAGCUGUGGGGGGAACCUCAUCAAGUUUAUCGUCUAAUGCUUAUCUUGCAUCUUGUUGUGCAAUACUUGCUAUGGUGUGUUCAGAUCCGGAGUAUAGAGUCUACAUUACUGCACUGCGCACCUUAAGGGCAAUGAUGGCGUAUACACAAUGUCGAACCAACAAUGAUGUGACUGCAUUCCAACGGCUACUUGCGCCUGUGAUUGAAACUAUCCUGUUUAAAUGUGCAGACUCAAAUAGGCGCAAUGUCCAGUUAUCAGUGAGCACGGUUAUGGAACUUUGUCGCGGACAAUCUGGUGAGCUUGCUGUUGGGAAGGAGAUGGUUUCGGGGGAAUCCCUGGGUGUUGGUAGUGUUGGGUUCCUCCUAUCCUUCCUUGACUUUGGAGGAAGUCCCGACACUUCAUCGUGGCAAUGGAUGCUGGGAAGGUUGAAUGCAUUGGGAGAGCUGUGUAGGGAGUUUAAGUCAGAAUUGUCUAUCAGGGAGGAAGGCAUGGAUUCAACCGAAGCCCAAGCUUUACUGUGUGUUGCCAGGUUUGCUGUGUCGUGUAUGAACAACACAUCCCAACCUAGAGUGUGUAAGAUGGCCAGGAGGGUGUUUUUACAGGCAUACUGCUUGGGAGUUAAUGGUACAGAGGUUGCCAACCACCUUGAGAAAAUGUUGGAUGAAAUGCCGACAGAAACCACACAUAGGCUACGAAGGAAAAUCCACGCUUAUAAAGCUGCGUCAGAUCGUUCUAACCACAGGUUUAAUGAAGACAGAAAUGAGCUUCCUCACUCCCACAGUGAUGAUAGUUACUGGGAUGGUGACGUACUUGACAUCCAUUCACCCCAACCCCCACCCUUUCAACCCCCAUUCCAACCCCGACUUGACCCACAACCCAUACGAGGCUACCCAUCCAUUAACCAGUGGUCUACGGACCAACACAGCCAGAUAAACAACCCACACAGCCAUAGCUAUGAAAGCAACUCUUUCCGACCAGUUUACCCUGAUUUUUCGAACCCUGAUGCGGCCGGGACCUCUUGGAUACCCCCCUGUCACCCCAACGCAAUCACCCAGGGCACCCACCAUCACCCCCCUAGCCCUGCACAAUUUAUAUUUUUGACUAUACACCAGGUUUCCUUGUUUCGCCCUAUAAGAUGCAUAAGCCCUGGAACAAACGAACAACAACCAACUGACUUUCACCUCUCCUCCCCUGCCCCUACCAGUGAGAACACAACUGAACAAUUAAUAUCAAGCGACACAACAGUACAUACAGCUAUAAACUGCGACAUGACGCUUGACUAUCAAUUCCAUGAAUCUGGAUUCGCAGUGGCCGAUUUAGAGGGUGAAAAAGAUGCUCAAAGUGUUGCAUUACAAGGCAAGCCAUGCAGUAAAUCUGAACCAGUUACCCCACUGUCUUCAUUGGAUAAUCCAACCCCUGUAGACCAACCUGUUCGUCCUUCUUUGCUUCGAUUGAAAUCAGAGUCCUCCGCUUUUAGGGAGGCUGGGGCGACAUCGUCCAAGUUUGGUUCUACGAGACACACAAGUGACUUUGGGUCAUCUUUUGCUCCCAACGCAUCCCGGGAUCGUAGCAGCAGUAGGGAGUCUUCUACGUCAUCUACAUCCUGCUGCGAGGACUUUAGAAGAGCUUCUGAGAGAAGGUUAAGCGUCAGGGAGCUUGCUGAUAAUAUUAAUCGCAAACAGAACAGAUUAGCUGUCGCUAACAGGGGUGAAAAAUCUAAAAAACUUGACUCUGCUCCUAUUGGAGGGUUUCGUAAAUAUUCUAAUGAUAAAUCUCCAAGUUCAGCACCAACUGAUGUAUUGAAGGAAGAUUCAGUGAAACCUGCUCCUAAAACUAAACAGAAUGAGGAACCUUUGGCUCACAGUCGACCUUUAGCAUUGAAAGCAGCUAUAGAGAGGCGUGGUACUGUGGAAAGGUAUAGGGAGAGUUUAAGAUAUGGUGCCAACUCUGCUUCAGCAUUUGCCAAGAAAUCAACUUUGCUCUCCAAGACUUUGGAUGAGGAUGUAAGCCAAAGUGAUGUAGCUCAAUUGUCACCGUUUCUGGGAGCAAACCAAAGUAAUUCAAGCAGGAUACCAACAAGGGGGAUACUUAAGAACAGCAGCAUACCCCUUGUACCUACACCACCCAACCGAAUGCUCUCAGCAAGCUCUGGUGUAUCAGAUGGCUUUGGAGCAACCACAGAUAGCGGUGUGGGCACUGACUCUUCAUAUAAAGGCAGCAUCGGUAUCAUGUCAUCUAAAUCCUCCAACAUCCAACACCUCACAUCUCCUGAGAGCGAAACUUCCCCUGAGGAAAUUUAUGGAAAGAAUACCCAACGUAAAAAAGAUGACAUGGCAUCAGGUGAAGAUUCAAGUGGGCCAUCCAUCAAGAGACCUGUGCGACCCAAACAACUCCGCAGACCUACAGCAGGCAGUAGUCGCAAGCCAAGAGCUCUGUUACACUACCACCAGCAAUCUCGUAGGCAUCGAACCCCGCAUCCGGAGGACUCGGAUCACUACAUCAAUGAUCCCGACAGCCCGAUGGCGACACGCUCCAUGGAAGAAGACAUCCCUAGCACCUCCGCUUCACUCGUAAACAGAUGCCCUUCUGCUCCCGCUGCUGCUCUCCUCCACUCUACACUGGAGGUUCACUCAAUACAUGAUGAAGAGGAAGGAAUAGAUGAAACAUCAACAGCAUCCGAUAUAACUUGGUCAACUAGUGAUUCAUACACAAGUAUAAGGAGAAGAAAUCCUGUGAGAAAACUUCCCACGCGACCAACACGUUUGCAACCGAGGAAAACACAUAGCAAGCAUAAGAAACAAAAGUCUCAAUUGAGUUCAAGUGUGGAAGAUCUACUUGCUGAGUCUGAUCAUUCACAAGCGGAGAAAACACCGGUUACUUUCAAGUCAGAGAUAGGUGUUGCAACCCCAACCACCACCCCUGCUGACCAAUUGAACACGCCCACCUCCUCCACCAAUCACCCGCCAACUGAGGGCGACGCCCUCGAAAGCUACGAAGCUGACCUUGCCAUGCAAUGUUCGUGCCAGAUGCAGAUAGAGGAGGAAGAGGACAAACUAUUCGCGCACACACUCGCAGUUAGUUACAUACAAGAUGCACUACCCAUGGUUCCACACCUUAGUUAUACAGAGGAAGAACCAGAUAUUGUUCGAGUGCAAGAUGAGAGCACAGACAUACAGAAAGAAUACAAGGAGAACAAUCAAUGGUGUAAAGGAGCACAGAUAGGACUUGGUGCGUUCUCAGCUUGUUACCAAGCCAGGGAUAUGUUCACUGGUACCUUGAUGGCUGUGAAGCAGGUAAACCAUGUAAGAUGUUCUGCUGUUGAAGAAAGACAAGUCCUUGCCGUAAUAACCGAGGAAAUCUCCUUAAUGAGAAGAUUAUCGCAUCCCAAUAUUGUAAGGUUACAUGGGAUUACCAAGGAAGGCCCUCUGUACAAUAUCUUUAUUGAAUGGUGUGCAGGUGGUUCAGUAUCCACACUUCUGUCACAUUAUGGGGCCUUCAAUGAAGCAGUUAUCAUGAACUACACGUUACAACUCCUACGUGGACUAUCUUAUAUACAUGAGCAGUUUCUUAUACAUAGGGACAUCAAAGGUGCUAACCUCCUAAUUGAUUCAACGGGUCAAAUUCGGGUGAGCGACUUUGGUGCGGCUGCUCGUCUUGCCUCAAAGGGUACGGGUGCCGGGGAAUUCCAGGGUCAACUACUUGGUACAAUUGCUUUCAUGGCACCUGAGGUGUUACGAGGUGAACAAUACGGACGUAGUUGCGAUGUGUGGGGGUGUGGUUGCGUCAUCACUGAGAUGGCAUCGGGUAAACCACCAUGGGAAGCUGACAUGCAUUCAAACCAUCUCGCACUUAUAUUUAAGAUUGCUUCAUCACCCACCGUACCCCCGAUACCCGACCACCUCUCACCAGCCAUGAAGGAUUUAUGUCGUAGAUGUUUACAAGCCAACCCUCGUGAUCGACCAACCGCGAUGCAACUUCUUAAACAUCCGGUCUUCAUCAGAUGGUGAUCUAAACUAUCCUGGAAGAUUUUCUCCUCCAACAAUUUUUUCUCUUUUUUUUAUUUCUUUUCCGAUGUUGAAACUUCUUUUUAUCCCAAAAGAUUUUAGAUUUCAGAAGACUGUCUUUUAAACCAGAAGAUUUUUUUUAAUCUGAAAAAAAUCUAAUUCUAAAAGAUUUUUCCUUUUUAAUGAUAAUUACUUGAUGUUUGAUGUCUUUUCUUCCAACAUCCAGGGAUCUGGGAUCAAAGUUAGAUCUUCAACAUCAAUUCCUCCAUACUACCUCCCUUCUAACUUUCACAAUUUCUUUCUUUCUGUUCCCACACUACCCCACCCUACCACGACAUACAGGUUUUACAUUUUUAUAUUUUACCCCACACUACACAAGACACACACUGUCACUCCUGCCACACAUUUACACCUACACACUUUUACAUUCAUUCCAACAAAGUUUGUUGUCUCAUCUUAAGUAUUCCAAUUGCUUUUAGUCGUUGUUUCAUAUACUCUGUGCUAAUUUACAUGCUGUGCUUGCUUUUAGCUCUUGUUUUAUUGAAUCAAACGAGGCCAAACCUUGAACCGCUGGUUCUACAUUCUUUGCACUAUUAUGUCCCUUUAUUCCAAGCCUAUUGCUUAAUGCUGGUGAUUUCUGAUGCUGUUCCAACAUGAAUGGACAAUUUUUUUGGUUGAUUUUUCCACAAAGCUUCUCUUCUGAUCAUAAGUACCAACUACACCACUGCCGAUGUUGUACCCUGUGCUAUUAUCUGUGCUUUGUUUGUAAAUUGCUGUCUUAUUUCAUAUAUAUAUAUGAUUCACAUUCGAAUUCAUAUACACGUCACUUUUUUGCCCCAUACCGCCAACAAACAUUCUGUCUUGCCAACUUUCUACAACAUAUCAGACCAAACUUGAUCUACACUUAAAUGGACCACGCUUGAUUUUACUUUUUUACCGAGUCACUGUUGCAACAACCUGGGUGGAAACUGUGUCGUUUUAACGAGAAGAUAUUUUUGUAACUUCAUAUACAGACUUCAUAAGUUCCGACUUUACCAUGCUGAACUUUAUUUUGAUCCCUGCUAUGGUUGUCCUGCUUAUAUGUUGUUGCUGCUUUACGAUGGAUUUCUUUUCAUGCCUUUCGUCAGAAGGUUUGCGGUUUCUUGUAUGAUGGAGAAUGUUUUCUUGGAAUGUUAGACUUUUUGAAAGUCCUCCGAAAAGAAUGUUAUUUGCCCAACACAGGAAAGGUACAAUGCUAUGUUAUGUCGUGCAUGUGCGUAGAAUAAUCACGCUGUACAAGUGAUCAUCAUAUAUUCGCAUCAUACCAUCUUUUCAAUCUUUAGUUUUUUGCUUCUUGCUGUACAUCUAUGUUUUGCUGCCAUAUGAGCUCCAGCACCCCCCCCCCCCCCUCCUUAAAAACCCUAGCAUGCAAAUGAAAUCGAACUUCUAUUCCGAAAUUUUCGUAAUAAAUCCGUUGACGUUAAA